AUGAAAAGUCUCAGUGUUUCUUUCAUCACCCUCGCUUCCUUUGUAGCUCUCUUCGCCGUCGCUGAUGCAUGGAGGUUUAAGGUCGGAGGUGACGGCGUUUGGGACGUGAAUCCACGGGAGAGUUACAAUACUUGGGCUGAAAGAAACCGUUUCCAAGUCAAUGAUACUCUCUAUUUUAAGUAUGCAAAGGGAUUAGACUCGGUGCUUCAAGUGACGAAAGCACAUUUUUACGGCUGCAACAUUAGUAAGCCUCUCCGGAGAUUUGUCGAUGGAGAGGCUGAGGUUACUCUUUUCCGACCUGGUGGUUUUUAUUUCAUCAGUGGUAAUCAAGAUCACUGUUUAAAAGGACAGAAGUUGACCGUCGUUGUCCUCUCCAUAAGGCAUGCCCCUCCAGUUCCCAUUUCUCCGGCAAAAACUCCGUCAACGGUCGAAGCUCCAAAAUCUCAUUCCCCUGUUUCUACCGUUGCACCGGCGAAAGCUCCGUCAACGUCUCAGUCGCCUAAAUCUCACUCUCCUGCUUCUGCAGUUGCACCGUCGAAAGCUCCGUCAACGUUCCAACCACCUCAAUCUCACUCCCCUGCUUCUCCAGUUGCACCGGCGAAUGCUCCGUCAAUGGCCCACUCACCUAAAUCUCACUCCCCUGUUUCUCCUGUUGCACCGGGAAAUGCUCCGUCUACGGCUCAUACGCCUGAAUCUCACUCCCCUGUUUCUCCAACUGCUCCAGCAAAAGCUCCGUCUACAACCCAAGCGCCUAAAUCACCUACCCCUGUUUCACCCAUUGCUCCGGCGAACUCUCCGUCGACUGCCCACUCUCCUAAAUCACCCACCCCUGUUUCAACCAAUUCUCCGGCCCAAUCUCCGAAAUCCUCGGUUUCUACAACCCACCCUCCUCAAUCUCACGCACCGUCUGUGUCUCCGUCACAUGCUCCAACAAUUUCUCCGGCGACUCCUACUCUGCCACCAAAGUCUCCAUCGCCUGCCUCAUCCCCGUCAAAGUCUCCAACGUCUUCGCCGUCGCCUGAUCAGACACCGGAUUCCCCAGCGCCUGAGCAGAGCCCACCUUUGUAUCCACCUCCAUCUGAUUCAACUCCGACCGCCAAUACCAUCAAGGCUCCGGCGCCGGCACCAAAGACCAAUGAUGCAGCAGGUGGUGUGGCCGUUACUUCGGUUAUGACUACAGUAUUAACUGUGGCUUUUACCGUUUUAAUGUUCGCUUAA